AUGUUUACGUUCAACUUUUACACAACACAUUUUAGUCCAGUGUUAAAGAAUCCCUCAAGCCAAUCUAUCCAGGUCCGUCCCAAAAACACAGUCAACGCGUCCCAGUUCACUUUUCGCAAUGCGGAAGAUGAGAAGUCCUUCAGUUCGUUUAAGAUCGAAAUUUCGAACUUUGUGACGGAAUAUCUUGACACAAAUGCCAAAGACGUCGAGACUGUUGCCGAAGAAAUAGUCAAAGCUAUAACAUCCAAUGACGCUCUGCGCCAGGAAGUGAUUAACAAAAUCAAAGAGAGCUCGUCCACUGAGCUGGCAGUUCGUGCGACACUACUGCACCUUCAGGCGCUGGAAGAUGGGGAUGAGGAGGGUGAUUUGCAGCUCCAUCGAAUUCGCAGGGGUGCUCCUCAAGACCCCUCGAGAGUAGAGAAGCCUGAUAAUCCCAAGGAGGUUAAAAAGGCCCCAGAAGGCGACGCAUCGAAAAAGAAGUUAGCUGCUGGAAACUCCAAAAAGGAAUCUGGCAUUGAGCAACCAAUCGUUGAAUCGGACGAAAAGCCCGAAGGUGCCGAUGCACGAGAUCAAGCGCAGGAGGGUCCGGCUGCGGAUUUGCCCGAGUCUGAUCAGGGUGGCAAUGGCGACUCCAAAAAGGAUUCUGGCAUUCAGCAACCAAUUGCCGAUUCGAACCAGAAGCCGGAAGGUGCCAAGGCACCGGGUCAAGCGAAGGAGGGUCUGGCCGCGGAUUUGCCCAAGCCUGAUCAGGGUGGUGAUGGCGUAUUGGAGAAGCCGGAUAAGUCGGGUCAAGAAUCUGCCGAUGGUGAUGCUAUUAAGAAAGACCAGCCUGAUAAAGUACCGCGUUUCUCGGCUAUCGCUGUGGAAUAUAUGACUAAGGCGUUAGACGGCUUCAAUAAGGCUCAAGGACAAGACAGAUUUCGCUAUGUCUUCUCAAAUGGAAUGGCUUCCCUGAAUUUCACCGUCACAUUCACAGAGCCCGGCGUGACCGCCUCGUACGACCUGCUAUUCCACAACUGUCUCAAUGGCCCCGUCAAUGCAAAGAUAACAAUGGUGGAAAAGAACAACGACAACUACCUCUCCUUGGGGGAACAGCCGCUAGCCCUCUUGUUCGGCAUCUUCGCCAUUAUCUACGCCCUUCUCUCUGUCGUCUGGGGUUUGCACCUGAAGAUGUCAAAGGCCCCAGUCUUCCGUAUUCACUCCCUCAUGCUAGCGGUCGUGAUUGUCAAGUCAAUCUCCCUCAUACUGCAUUCGGUAGGUGCUGUUUUUGUCAGUAUGUCAGUCAUUCCCCAAACAAUCAGGAUCAACUACUACGUGAUUGGAAAACAUGGUGUUCAGGAGGAGGGAUGGGCCGUAAUGUACUACAUCGCUCACAUUGUGGGGGAGCUUUGGCCCGUUGAAAGAAGCUCCGUGGUCAUUCCAAGGGAGGCUCUGAAGUUCGCUGAGGCUCGAAUUCGUCUGCUUCCAGUGAAAGGGGAGUUAUACGAUGCCCAGCGUCUUCAACCAAUCCAAUUGGAGGAAAAUUGCAUGGCGUUUCUGCUGUGCCGUCACUACUCCUAUUUCAUCCCGAGUUGUAAAUCAAGGCGUUCUCCAGUCGGGAGACGUAACUUAACGCGACAUUUCGUCCAUUUUUCGCUAUUAAAGUUCCCGUUUCUGCCUUUUAGCACCCGUGGAUUUCUGCUGUUUUUCACGAUUCUCAUGAUCGGUGCCGGCUGGACGCUAAUAAAGCACGUUUUUACGCGCCGAGAGAAGCAGGUCUUUCUCAUCGUCAUUCCCCUACAGGUCUUCGCCAACAUUGCCACCAUCGUGGUGAACGAAACAGAGCAAGGGGCUCCAGGAAUCGCCAAGUGGAGCGAGAUAUUCACCGCCGUGGACCUGCUCUGCUGCGCCGGCGUUCUCUUCCCCGUUAUCUGGUCCAUUCGCCACCUCCGCCAGGCUGCUCAAACCGACGGCAAAGUCGCCCAGAACCUCCGCAAAUUGCGACUUUUCAGACACUUCUACAUUUUGGUUGUUAGCUACAUAUACUUCACGAGGAUUGUCGUCUACCUGCUGCGAAUAACCACGCCAUUCGGUUGGUAUUGGCUUGUGGAUCUCUUCGAACAGACCGUGACGUUGAUCUUCUACACAUCGGUGGGAUUCAGGUUCCGUCCCUUCAGCGACAAUCCCUACCUCCAGGUGCCAACAGACGAAGACGAGGACAUCGUCAUGGGACGAUUUGAUCUGGAGGAGGCCUGGGCCCAGUCGGGUUUGACGGACGGGGUCACGCGCAUCCACCGACCGCAGGGGAUUGACGCGGCGCGCGAGAAUCGACGUAGACGCGACGACGCGCUUAAUCGACCGCUUGGCAACGAUAAGGAAGCCGAUGACUCGGAUCUGUUGCCUCUGAUUCGACCGUAA